AUGGAGAACAAACCCAUACUCAUCAUAGGCGCCGGCAUCAGCGGCCUUGUCCUAGCGCAGUACUUACGCAAGGAGAAGAUAUAUUUUCGAAUCUUUGAGCGGGAUGAUGACUUAGCUACCCGCGGAGUAGGCUGGGGGCUGACCCUCAAUUGGUCACUCCCCGCCCUUCGCUCACUCCUACCGGAAGAUCUGGUCCUCAGGCUCCCCGAGACCUAUGUCGACCGUGCCUCCGUCCAGGCUGGCGCUAUCUCGACCUUCCCAUUCUUUGAUCUGAGCACCGGCGAGCGCAAGUUCCAAACUCCCAAAGCUUCCCAAUCCCAGCGCAUCCGGGUGACUCGUCAGAAGCUGAGGGCGCUCCUCGCCACAGGCAUCAACAUCGAGUGGGGAAAGUCAUCUUCCAAGUUUGAUCAAGAUCGGGAUUUAGUGACGGCUACAUUUGAGGAUGGAUCUAUUGCCACGGGCCGCUUGCUUGUCGCUUGCGACGGGGCCAACUCUCGAGCACGACGGCAGCUAUCUCCAAUCCAGAGUGAAAUGCAUCGUAUACCAGCUUGUCUCAUGGGAAUGAAACUGCAGCUUGGCCACGAAAAGGCCCAACUGAUACGAAAUCUCGACCCUUUUUUCUUGCAAGGAACAAGCUCUGAGAACGACUCCUUUAUCUACAUUAGUUUGCUUGAUGCGCCUCAAACCAAGGGCGAUCUGACCGGAAAAUACGUCUACCAGAUGUGCGUCUCGUGGCCUUACCGCAAUGGGUUCCUCGACAGUGAACACCCCAUCGAUAUACCAAGUUCAAAUGCGGAACGUGUCCAGCUUUUUCAGCGCAUUUCAUCUACAUGGGGAGAGCCAUUUCUCACUAUCGCCAAGGAGGUGGCUGCUGAUCAAGAGAUUAAAUCUCUUGAACUGCGAGAUUUUCCUCCGCCUCACGAACUUCGCACAAAUGGGCGCGCUGUGCUGAUGGGCGAUUCGUUCCAUGCCAUGGCAAUGUACCGAGGAGAGGGUGCAAACCAUGCCAUUGUCGACGUGCUUGAUUUUGUCACGUCGGUCGGUCACAAAUUGAGAAAUGGAGAUGCUGGUGGUGAUUCUUUAAUAGAUUCUCUCAAUGCCUACGAGCGUUCUGUAAUUGACCGUGCCCGACCUGGCGUACUGGCGUCUCGCCAAGCAUGUCUAGACGCCCACAACUGGUCACGCAUUACGAGUGAGAGUCCGCUCCUGACCAGGCGAGAAAUGAAGCUGCAGUUCGAUGAAUCCAAUUUGUCGCAUCUAUAG